AUGGGAAAUUACAAAUCAAGACCGUCUCAGACGUGCACAGAUGAGUGGAAGAAGAAGGUGGGCGAGUCGUACGCCGUGAUCGUGGAGAAGUUGGAAGACGACAUCCUGCUCAAAGACAAUGAGAUCGUGGAUCUCAAACUUGCUUUCAGCUCUGAUGAAGCGUUUCAGAAGGUGAACUUGAGCUACCGAACGGAGAAGGGGCUGUCGCUGCUGCAUCUCUGCUGCGUGUGUGGAGGUAACAAGACGCACAUCCGAACCCUGAUGCUCAAAGGCCUGCGUCCUUCCAGACUGUCCAGGAACGGAUUCACUGCUCUCCACCUGGCUGCAUAUAAGGACAAUGCUGAGCUGUUGACCGCACUCCUCCACGGAGGGUCGGACGUGCAGCAGGUGGGCUACGGCGCCCUCACUGCCCUGCAUGUUGCCACGUUGGGUGGGCACCACGAGGCAGCAGAUAUUCUCCUGCAGCACGGAGCCAAUGUGAAUGUUCAGGAUGCUGUGUUUUUCACCCCACUGCACAUUGCUUCUUAUAACAGCCACGAGCAGGUGGCAAAGCUGCUGCUCAAGUUUGGGGCCGAUGUGAAUGCUAGUGGUGAGGUAGGUGACCAGCCGCUGCACCUGGCUGCAGCCAAGGGUUUCCUCAACAUCAUCAAGCUGCUGAUGGGGGAAGGGAGCAAAGCUAACGUAAACGCUCAGGACAACGAAGACCACGUCCCUCUCCACUUCUGCGCCCGCUUUGGUCACCAUGAGAUUGUGCGUUUCCUCCUGCAGGGCAACAUCGACGUGCAGCCUCACUCUGUCAACAUCUACGGAGACACACCGUUGCACUUGGCCUGCUAUAAUGGAAAAUUUGAGGCAGCAAAGGAGAUUAUUCAGCUUUCUGGCACAGACAGUCUGUCAAAGGAGAACAUAUUCAGCGAGACUGCACUUCACAGUGCAUGCACCUAUGGUAAAGACCUGCGGAUGGUCAAGUUCUUGUUGAGCCAGAAUGCUACGAGCAUCAACAAUCAGGGCAGAGACGGACACACAGCUCUUCACAGUGCCUGUUUUCACGGCCACAUCCGCCUGGUGCAGUUCUUGCUGGACAGCGGGGCUGACAUGAACCUGGUUGCCUGCGACCCGAGCAGGUCCAGUGGGGAGAAGGACGAGCAGACCUGCCUGAUGUGGGCUUAUGAAAAAGGUCAUGAUGCCAUUGUCACAUUACUGAAACACUACAAACGUCCAGAUGACUCCCCCUGCAACGAGUACUCACAGCCGGGUGGGGAUGGGUCCUAUGUUUCUGUCCCGUCUCCGCUGGGAAAGAUCAAAAGCAUGACUCAAGAGAAGGCAGAAGUUCUGCUGCUCAGGGCCAGCCUCCCAUCUCAUUUCCAUCUUCAGCUGUCUGAGCUGGAGUUCAAUGAAAUUAUUGGAUCAGGCUCCUUUGGAAGAGUCUACAGGGGCAAAUGCAGAAACAGAGUUGUUGCCAUAAAACGCUAUAGAGCCAACACGUACUGCUCUAAGUCAGACGUGGACAUGUUCUGCAGAGAGGUCUCCAUCCUCUGUCGCCUCAACCACCCCUGUAUCAUCCAGUUUGUGGGGGCGUGUCUGGACGACCCCAGCCAGUUUGCCAUCGUAACCCAGUACGUCUCUGGAGGCUCCCUGUUCUCGCUGCUGCACGAGCAGAAGAGGCUUAUCGACCUGCAGUCCAAGCUCAUCAUUGCCAUCGACGUGGCCAAGGGCAUGGAGUACCUGCACAACCUCACCCAGCCCAUCAUCCACAGGGACCUGAACAGCCACAACAUUCUGCUGUAUGAGGACGGACAUGCAGUGGUGGCUGAUUUCGGAGAAUCUAGAUUCCUACAGUCUGUGGACGAGGACAACAUGACCAAGCAGCCGGGGAACCUGCGUUGGAUGGCUCCCGAGGUGUUCACCCAGUGCACCCGCUACUCCGUGAAGGCGGACAUGUUCAGCUACGCCCUCUGUCUGUGGGAGCUGCUUACUGGAGAGAUUCCAUUCGCUCACUUGAAACCAGCUGCUGCAGCAGCAGACAUGGCCUACCACCACAUCCGGCCUCCUGUUGGCUACUCCAUCCCCAAACCCAUCUCUGCUCUUCUGAUGAGAGGCUGGAACGCCUGCCCAGAGGACAGGCCCGAGUUCUCCGAAGUGGUUUCCAACCUGGAGGAAUGCUUGUGCAAUGUUGAGCUGAUGUCUCCAGCCUCCAGUAACAGUAGUGGCUCCCUGUCGCCCUCCUCCUCCUAUGACUAUCUGCUUGGGCGAGGAGGACCCGGUCGGAGCCACGUGGCCGCCCUGCGCUCCCGCUUCGAGCUGGAGUACGCACUCAACUCUCGCGCCUACGCUUUUUGGACUCAGAGUGAGAGGCGUCGUGCUUCCGGAGGCCUUUCACUGGAGGAACUCAGGAGGAACAUGCAGUUUUCUCCUAUUGAUCGAAAUGGGUACGUGUCUGAUCCCAUGAGCACCAUGAGGUUCUGCUCUUCUUACAGCAGCAAUGGCAGCUUUGAGGACAGUAACUAA